AUGAAGCGAACACGAAGCGAGGAAUCGGCCCAGGAAGGACAGAAACAGGAACCCCUACAAAUGCGCAGAGUAAUUAAAAGAGUUGCCCGAAGCCAGAACGAUAGCAAGUGGAACACCUAUGAUGCUGAUUAUUCAGUGAAACGAGCUGGCUUGGCGCCGAGAGCGAUAAAAUGGUACAACAGUAGCGAACAAAACGAUGACUGGAAACAGGACGUCAGCAAAAAGAGGGACAAGAGCGGUGAACGGAAUGAAAGUGCUGCCGGCACUGAUGACUGUGAUGAUGAUGAUGGCUGA